AUGUGCACUUCAGAAGACAUAGCAGACAGUCUUCACGGAGAGAGCCUUCUCUGUAGUCUAAAUGAGCAGCGUAUGCAAGGUUUCUUGUGUGACGUAACCAUUGUGGUUGAAGAUACAAAAUUCAAAGCACACAGAAAUAUACUGGCAGCCUCCAGCCUGUACUUUAGAAACCAUUUUCGGAGCCAGAGCAUAUUAAUCCAGGGACAUGUCUUGGAGCUCAAUGAUUUGAAAGCAGACACAUUUACUGAAAUAUUGAACUUUAUUUACAGCUCAAAGAUUGCUGUGAAGAAAAAGGAGACCCUGACUGACCUUGUAGAUGCUGGUAAAAAGCUAGGCAUAACCUUUUUAGAAAACAUCAAAGCUUCCAAAAAGUCUUCUGCGGUUGCUUGCUCAACUGAACCUGAGGGAAAAGCACCACCUGCAUUUUAUCGAGGAGAAAAUGGACUGAAAUCGGAGACUGUGGACAAAAAGGGAGAUGACCCAGCUAUUGCUAAUGGACCAAGAAUCACCAAUGCCUUUUCUAUUUUGGAAACUGAAGUCAAUGGCUUUUCUCCUCUUGAUCUAAGAGCAAAUUUUAAAAAGAGCACAGGCCCCACUGAAGAGGUGCACAGUGGUGGUAACUGCGAGAAUGGUGUGUGCAAUGAUGGAGAGCCAGUAAACACAUUGGCUGAGCACUCCUAUGCAGUGUCUUCUGGUGAUGCAUCAUAUAAAAGAGACUCUGUAUUUGACCAUGGCAAUAAAGGUAGCCUUACAAGAGAUCGGGAAUGCACAACUCCUGGUACAGUUACUACCAACCAGGAGGCCAAAUCAGCCAACAGCAUGCCGGUGUUAGAACCUCAGUGUAUUAACCCCAAGCAGUCAUUCAGACCUGUACCUCUAAUAGUGUAAGUUGCUCUUCAGAGCAAACUGCCAACCAAACUGAAUUCUACAGCCAAAGGGAAGAUGAAAGCACCUUACCACAACUUCCCCCUGGUAACUCACCUGCCACCCAGUCUUUCUGUGAUGCUGGCCUAUAUCCUCUUCCUAAAAAGCACCAUGUGACUCUUAACUGCAAAAACUGCAGCAAAGAAUUUGCACACUUUAAACGCCUACAGCGGCAUGAACAAAUCUGUUUUAAGGUUGUGCACAUGGACAGAGAUUUGAGGAUACCCACAACAAUCUUUCACAAGGUGCCUCAACAGAGAACUACUGCACUCCUACAGAAUCUACAACUAACCAGAAUGCUCUGACAAAUGGCUCCUCAUCUGCAACAGACCACUUUGUUAAAAUAGUAGAUGAUAAAAUAUUUUAUGUCUGCAUUGUAUGCAAAAGAAAUUAUUUAACUCUAUCCAGUCUUCGACGGCAUUCAAAUGUCCAUUCAUGGAGAAAAUCAUACCCUUGUCAUUAUUGCAACAAGGUAUUUGCCUUAGCUGAAUAUAGAACCAAACAUGAAAUCUGGCACACUGGGGACCGAAGAUAUCAGUGCAUAUUUUGCUUAGAAACAUUCAUGACUUACUAUAUCCUUAAAAAUCAUCAGAAAUCUUCCCAUGGCAUUGACCCAAGACUGGGGGGUGGGAAGUAAAGCAAACAGGGGCCUCAAGCCAAGCAUCUAUCCUUACAAACUAUAUAGACUUUUACCCAUGAAGUGUAAAAGACCUCCAUUGAAAAACCCUAGAACAGCUUCAGCAGCACACUUCCAAGUUCAAAAUUCCUUUACUACACCCACAGUUGUCCAGAAUGCUCUAAAAUCACAAUCAUUCUCUUUGAACAGCCAGGAGCCAUUUUCUACCACAUUAGAUGGUCCAUCACAAAAUGUGACAAAUUCAACAACAACCCAGGACACUUGGCCUUUUGAUAUAAUACAGUCUGACAAAAACACAAAUGUCUUGCCCGUUAGUAAAGGUAAUUCUCCUUCACAUGUUUCAGUCUCAACAUUGAAGCAGAGUGGCAGUACACCUGGUCCACAAUUUAAAGAAAAUAAGAAUAUUCCAUCUGUUAUUAAUGCUAGCAAUUCUGCACCCUCGGUGAUCAUGCACAGCAGCAGAGUUUCCUCUGUGAUAAUGCAUGGCAAUGCAAUAACUGGUACAGCAGCUGCAAAUGGGAUAGGGUGGAAUCCCAGCCGGACCAUUGUUUCACCAGAAAAAGAUACCAGCCACGAAAGUAACCCUGAGGCAACGGAGGCAGAUACUGAGAUGGAAUCCCCAAUAGGGUACAAAAAAUGGCAAUGCUCACCAAGAUGAGCGGGAAUUAUCUCUUCCUGCACCUUCAUCUAAAAAUAACAAAAGUGUUAUUCGUGAAGGGAAUAAAACCGAAACAUACAUAGCCAAACCAGCCCUACCUGGAACUCUUGUCAAUAGUGGAAUUGCUCCUCUUUGCCAAAUCACAGUAAAAAUUGGAAGUGAAGCUUUGGUGAAAAGGCAAAUCUCCGGGUCAUCUCUGUUCUUCAGGAAAAGUGGAAGACCAAAGCAUCCGGAGCCUGAGAAAGCAUGGCUGGAUUCAGAUGAUGACAAAAAAGAAAGAUGCUCCAUUCGACUUCGAAGAUCAGAUAGUCUCCAAAUGGAGGAGAUGUGUGAUGAUGCUAGUGACCAAGAUGUGUCUGACAAACCAUGGAGACCUUACUACAACUAUAAGCCAAAAAAAAAUCAAAGCACUUUAAGAAAUUCAGGAAAUGUUGAAGAAAAGGAAAAAACAUAGUAGACCUAGACCUACUGAUGAGAAUGUAAGUGAAGUUGACACCAAAUGCUCGUCUGGAGAGGCCAUUGAUGAAAAUACAAAUGGGGCAGAAGACUCCCCAGAGACAUUCGAUUUUGAAUGUCCUCCCGAAAAAUCAAUUGAGCAGGAAAAGACAGUUGAAGAGGAGGAGGAAGUUGAGCAAGGAGUGGCUGCUACAGAGUGGCAAAUGGACACCAAGGCUUCCUUUUGUGAACUGUGUCAAAAAUCCUUUAGGAAUCCUUCAACACUGAAGGUUCACAUGCGUUGUCAUACUGGAGAGAAGCCUUAUUCAUGCAAGGUAUGUGGAAAGUGCUUCUCCUUUCCUGGAAACUUAAGCAAGCAUGAACAUAUCCAUCAGGUUGGGAAAAACUUCACGUGUCAAUUUUGCAAAAAGACAUUUUUAUUGCAUAAAACUUUGAAAAAACAUGAGAGGAUUCACACUGGAGAAAAAAUGUAUGACUGUAAGUUCUGCUCGCAGCAAUUCCUCUACCUUACUUCAAGGAACAAUCAUGAGCAAAAACAUUUAGAAGAGCAGAGUGAAAAAGGGUUUGUUUGUGUCCAGUGUUCCAAAGUUUGCAAGACUGCUGCCGCCCUUGUGAUGCACCAAAAGAAACACUAUUUUAGGGGACUAAAGCAUAGGGACGGAAAAGACUUACAACCAUCUGCUGCAGAAAUAUGCACCUGGGGUGGUGCUGCAAGUAGCAUUUGUAAUGAUCCUAAAAUGACUGGGGAAAGGAGAUCUGUAAGCAUGCCUGAAAGUUUCCCUCCUUCCUUUGAUGACUGUGAAGCCCCACUGUUGUCUUACAGCAGUGGUGUUACAGAGGUCAUACCCCAGAAUGUUUGCACUCCAAGCCCUGUAGAGAAUGUAAGUACCAUUGGGGAAACUGACUCCAGUCAUUUCAUGACUCCACCUCCACUACCACCUGUUGCAUUACACAGCAGUGUCCUAAUGGAGGUCCCCAAGGGCUGGAAGCAUUGGAAAGCAAGGCACUAUAACCUGGAGGAAAAUUUGAACUCUGAUCAUUCUUCCUUAAAAGAGAGCACUAAGACUUUCACAGAAUUAAAGACAAUGACAAGUUUUGAUAACCCAUUUGUCCCAUAG